AUUAUUCAUUAAUCAUUAGUCAAUACAAGAUUUCUGUUUUUUUUACUUAUAACAAAAACUCAAAAGUAAAUAUGAAAUUUAUACAGUUUUCUUUCUGAAAUUAGUGUUCUCAAUAAAAUAUAAAAUUUUUGUUAUAUCACUAUUAGCAAUAUAAGUUUGUGUCUUUAAAGUAAUUUAUUAUGAGUGAUUGUGAAACAGCAUCAUUAUCGUCAGUGAAUUCAAGUUUGAAAAAAAAGAAAAAAGGGAUAAUAUACAUUUCGUCUAUACCAAAAUAUAUGAAUGUGACGAAACUUCGAGAGCUGUUGGGUGAAUAUGGAGAAAUUGGCAGAGUUUAUUUACAACCAGCUACAAAUCCCAAUUUAAAAAAAAGACCUGCUAAACAUUUUACUGAAGGUUGGAUAGAAUUUGAAAGAAAGAAAAUUGCAAAACAAGUUGCAGAGUUGUUAAAUGGAAAAAGGAUUGAUUCACGCAAACGAAGCAAAUACUUUGAUAGUAUUUGGAAUUUAAAGUAUUUACCUAGAUUCAAAUGGAUCCACUUAAAUGAAAGACUUGCUUAUGAAAAAGCUGUACGCAAACAUCGUCUUAGAGCUGAAGUCUCUCAGGUUAAAAGAGAAGCCAAUCACUUUUCAUCCAAUAUUAUAAGAAGUGAAAAGUACAAGAUGUCUCAACAAUCAAAUAUUAUAAUGAAUGUUCAACAGAGACUACCUGAAGAGGAAGUGUUACUUAAAAAACCUAGUAAAUUAGAACCAGAGUCUAGGACCAAUUUCUUAAACAAAUUAUUUAAUUAAAUAACAAAUGAAUAAUAUUGUACUAUAUUUGUGAAUAAUAAUUUACAUUUUUUUUUUAUGA